AGCAUGCAGCAGCAGCCCCCGCCCGGGCCCCCGGGCCCCGCGGCGGCAGAGCCGACCAAGCCUCCCUACAGCUACAUAGCACUGAUCGCCAUGGCCAUCCAGAGCUCCCCGGGCCAGCGGGCCACGCUCAGCGGCAUCUACCGCUACAUCAUGGGCCGCUUCGCCUUCUACCGCCACAACCGGCCUGGCUGGCAGAACAGCAUCCGCCACAACCUGUCGCUCAACGAGUGCUUCGUCAAGGUGCCCCGCGAUGACCGCAAGCCGGGCAAGGGCAGCUUCUGGACGCUGGACCCCGACUGCCACGACAUGUUCGAGCACGGCAGCUUCCUGCGCAGACGCCGCCGCUUUACCCGGCGUGCAGCAGCCGAGGGCACCAAGGGCCCGGCCAAGGCCCGCCGAGGGCUCCUCCGCGCCACCAGCCGGGACCUGGGAGCUCCUGACGCUGCAGCCCGUGGGCAGUGCCGGUUCCCCCCUGAGCUGCCGGAGCCCAAGGGCCUAAGCUUUGGGGGUCUGGUGGGCGCCUUGCCGGCCAGCAUGUGCCCCGCAGCCACGGAUGCCAGGCCCCGACUGCCCACGGAGCCCAAAGAAAUGCCCACGCCCAAGCAGGCUGGUCCAGGGGAGCAGCAGGCAGCCACAUCGCCCUCCCCUGGCCAAGCAUUUGGCUUCCCUGCUGGCUUCUCUGAGCCUGAGGGCUUUGCCAAGACCCCUGCGCCCAUCUUGACCAAUGAGGUGGCUGUUGGGAGCGGCUACCAGUGCCGCCUGCAGGCGUUGAAUUUCUGCAUGGGGGCCGAUCCGGGCCUGGAGCACCUCUUGGCCUCAUCAGCUCCGUCCUCCACCACUCCCGCCCCCUCAGCCUCAGUGGGGGCCCCACUGCCCCUGCCCGCUGACCCAAAGGGACCCUGGGUUGCAGGCAGCUUCCCUGUCCAGGGUGGAGCCGGCUACCCACUGGGGCUGACGCCCUGCUUAUACCGGACGCCAGGCAUGUUCUUCUUCGAGUGAAGACAGCCUGGCCUCUGGAGUGUCCCUGUGGGGCCCCUGAAGCCACCAGCCUGCCAGGCUGCGCCGCGGGAGGCUGGAACCCAGAGAGCUCUUAAAGGACCCAGCCACGGCAAGCUGAGCACGGCCCAGUGGUCAGGAAGCCGGCACCGGAGCCUUGAACACCCAGCCAGGCCCUGGGACAUCAGGACAGACUCGG